UCGACCAACCGACUAGUCCUCGUUGGCACGACGCACGCUCAACAGCUUCAACCUUUACCGGCGACAAUUUUAUUUCUCACUGGCCCGCCGACGAAACAUCCUACAGACCGUCGAGCUCGCUUAACAUCGUUGGAAUCUUUUCAUUUUCCCGAGAUUUUAAAAAGCUGACUUUGGCUCGAUCGUCCAGCAGCUUGGUUACAUCGCGGGAUGACCGUGGAUGAGGCCAUUUGGAACCGUUUGUAUUGGGAACAGUUGGUCUGGAAUUAUUGAAGAAACAGAAGGACUUGAUGUCAAGGUACUGUUAGGGAGGCCGUGUAUUAUGCCCUUCGAAAAUUUGCUAUCGAGACAGUUCAGUCUGGUAAAGUAAAAAUUGAGUGUUGGAAAAACUAUGAAUAUUAGUGUUGUGCGCCAAGGAUCAAUCAUGAGACGUGCCUCAAACCGAUUUUAUCGUUGCCAGCACCGAGUGCAUCUCUGUGUGAACAUUAUAAUUCACUGAACACAGCGACAAAUUUUAUUCGACGCAUUGUGAGCAGGUACUAUUAAUAAGGUGACUGUAAUCCAAGUGUAUUCAAGGACAGCAAAAGGAAACACAAUUGCGUAAUGAAGUAAUCUUCAAAAUGAAUUUCGCAAUUGGAAACACGUGUUAUGGACAAUCGUUUCGUAUUUCGAUGAGCGACUACUAGUGGAUUUCUCAGAGUUUUCAUCAGAAAAGGUAAUUAACCUAAAGAGCAGCCUUAUUAAGGAUUAAGGUUCGGAUUUGCGACGAUGGAUUCGCAGCAACUCGUCGACACAGCCUCUCAGAAUAGUCAAGACAUGGUCUUGCCGAAGCCAGCAAACAGUACACCAAGACACAGCAUCGACGCGAUCCUUGGACUGGCGAACAAUAAAAGGAAUCAUCAGGAAAUGGAGGAUAACGCUCGCGACACUCAGGAAAAUACAGGUGAGAACAGCUGCAACUCCACCGGCGGCGGCAGCGACGAGGAACUCGGCGCAGGCUGCGGGGACGAUUUGAACGGGAACGGCGGCAAGAAGAAGCAUCGUCGGAACAGGACGACCUUCACCACCUACCAGCUGCACGAGCUCGAGAGGGCAUUCGAGAAGUCUCAUUAUCCGGACGUAUACUCCAGAGAGGAACUCGCUAUGAAAGUCAAUCUUCCGGAAGUGCGUGUCCAGGUAUGGUUUCAGAACAGGCGGGCAAAAUGGCGUAGGCAGGAAAAGAUGGAAGCUGCGAGGCUCGGCCUCAGUGAAUAUCACCAUCCUGCCAAUAUGAGAAGCGUUGCUGGUCCGGCUUUAGGUUUACCAGGAGACCCUUGGCUCACACCGCCAGGCCUAUUGAGCGCUCUUCCUGGUUUUCUAGCUGCGCCACACACAGGAUAUCCUAGUUACCUAACGUCACCAAGACGAUUGCCAUCGCCGCCGAACGUCGGUGCCGUUGGAAACACAGUGACAGGAGCCCUGGGUGGAGGAAUGACGAGCAUAGGAAGCGGAGGGCACGUGCCGGCGACGCCGCCGAGUCCACCGGGCCACGAUCCGCGCACAACGAGCAUCCAAGCGCUGAGAAUGCGAGCCAAGGAGCACGUCGAGAGCAUCACCAAAGGGUUACAAAUGGUCUGAAGUUUAACGUACGACCCUGGAAGUCUGUAUCGCCUCGAACCUGCCCCGACCGCGCUCUCAACACCGCGGGCGUGACGAGAAGCGAAACUACAUUUAUCCUCGCCGUGACCAGACUCUCCUGGAGACCGGAGAAAACGUGUCCGGUAAGCGGGCAGACAGAUCGACAAACACGUUCCCUCGUCCCUCUUUCCAUGGCCGACGCACGCGACGGUGAACGAGACUCUACGAGCUACGGUCGUUUCUAAUUCCGCCGUUUUAUCGGUUAUCGAAUACCGAAGCCGAAGAGUACAAAAGUCCGAGACGAGAGAAAAGGAACGAUUAACGCGUUCGAGUACUAAUUUACCAGUGGUAAUCGAGAAAGAACGAGAGAAGAGAAGGGAAGGACCGAUCGGUUAUUAAUGUAGGUGAUUGAUAAAUCAAAUUUGUUAAUAUCGUUUUUUGAUACGAUAUCAAGCAGCAGGACGUUCUGUGCGAGUGAAUACUUUGCUCGGUGAUAAAGACGAAAUAAAGGAAGAGAUUGCUCGAUAGGGUAAUUGAGUUCCCCUGGUCAGUCGUUUUGGUACCGCGUCGUGAAACUAUAGUUCAGGAUAAUAGUGCAAUAAACGAAGAGAAGAGAAAAAAUAGUCAAAGAGCUUUCGUACGUGGAUGGAGAGUAAUUGUAAGAUCAAAAGGCAAUGGCUUCGUGAAGAAUACUCCGUAACUUCCUGAACGAAUUCGAGCUCAGUAAGUAAUCUGUUACGUAUAGCUUUUAAAAACGAUCGCGAAAUCCUUUCGAACAUCGCGUUAGAGCGAGGUUUUAUUUUCUGCGAAUAGACGAACUGAUCUAAGAUGGUUUAAACGUGAUGUGCACGUUUAUUGUAGAACUCGUAAAUCGCGUUGAGAGUGCAAACGGUAUGAAAUCUUCGAACAUAAAACGCGAUGUUAAAAACAUAAACACUCUCCUUUUAAAUUCAAUUUUUAUUUAGUUCUCGAGUUUCUUUAAACCCGAAUCGAAAAUUAAAGUUCAGUCGACAGUGAAAAAGGUUAGCUAAAAUUCCAUCAAACCCGUCACACUCUUAACCCGAUAAGCAACGCUGUCAUCAGCAGAUUGUAUGCUCAGAGUACAUUUACGAUACCCUGGAACAUAAUGGAAUGAAACGAAUCGCGGGAGUGUUAUGACAGUCGAUCGAGUCAUCAAUCUGCGAGUGGGUGUUUAAAUAUGUAAAGUGGCUGCAUCCCAGCGAAACAAAUUGGUACAAACCGCGAGGGUCACUGGCCCAGGCCGACCGAAGUGGUGUAAACUGGUCAUUUAUCCGAAAUAUGAUUAGCAUAAUUUGUUUGAUAAUCAUAUACCGCGAAUAGAACACAAGUGUCCGAUACUUUAUAAACGAAACUAUCAUUCGCGUCGGACGUCAAUAAAAAAUGAAUGAUCAGGUAACUUGUCUGAGCGAUCGUUCGAUUUAGCCAUCGAGCGAUCGUUGUAGCGAGUUUUAACAAAACGAAGAUUCAGAAUUUAGUAGUGAUUAUCGCCCGAUCGAAACUCGAUCAAACAGUGCGACGAACCCUGAGGGACUAGAUCAAUAUUUCUUGUAGCAUAGAGUUUAACAAAGUAUGGUGAGAGGGAGAGAAUGUGAUGACGCAUUUUGGCAUAAACAAUAUUCUGCAGUAUUAAUAAAGUUAAGGCGACGAAUUGUGCAUAAAGUUACGUAAUAAACGGUUAUGAAUAGAAUCGCUUGGAAGGGGGCUGGCUACGUGGACAUUCGAAUUAGAGCGUGGAUCGAAUCCUAUCAGUUUUCUAAUUUUCUUUUCAAUAAUUCUGAAUUCUGUAUCAUUAGAUUAGUUACAGAUUCUGUGCUUCGAUUGAAUAAACGUGUUUUGCUAUGCCCACUACUACGCCAGUCAGUUUCCAUGCGACGUCCGAAAACCAAGUAGAGGGUGAAAGAAAGAAUGUAGACAGUUACCCACCCCCGAAUGUCUAUUUGUAUAUAUACCUUCUCGUGAUGAAAUAAAAUUUGAUGUACAUAUUUAAUCA